CCAGUAAAAAAUCACACUCUUCCAUUUUCUAUCUAGAAACUUCUCUCCGUAUCAUAUAAAUUCUCUUCCUUAAUCUCCCACCUCAUCACCAAAUAAUCGCACAAACAAAUCCGACAAAAAAUAGCUCUCAUUUUAAUUCGCAAUCAAAAACAACAAAAAUUCAGGUCCAAAAGAAGAGAAAGAUGGAUUUCCGGUUCACCGGCCUCGACACCCCAAUCUACAACGUCCUCUCCCAUUUCCUCGACGCAGACGACUUCACCGCCCCCGCCGCCACCGACAAAUCAACCACUGGAGCCAACGCGCCGUCCAACGCAUACGUCCGUGAUGCACGUGCAAUGGCUCGUACCCCUGCUGAUGUGAAGGAGUACCCGAAUUCGUACCAGUUCAUCAUCGACAUGCCUGGGCUGAAGAGCGGAGACAUUAAAGUGCAGGUGGAGGACGACAAUGUGCUGGUGAUAAGUGGAGAGAGGAAGAGGGAUGAGGAGAAAGAAGGGGUCAAGUAUUUGAGGAUGGAGAGGAGAAUUGGUAAGUUUAUGAGGAAGUUUGUGUUGCCUGAAAAUGCUGAUAUGGAGAAGAUUAAUGCUGUUUGUCAAGAUGGUGUUUUGAGUGUUAGUGUCGAGAAGUUGCCUCCUCCUCAGCCUAAGAAGCCCAAGACUAUUCAGGUUAAGGUUGCUUAAUUAUCAUCUUAAUGAUGAUCUAGUUCUGACUAAUCUUCUUUCGUACUAAUAAGUUUUAUGUAUGUUCUGCUUUUUUCAUUUUGUAUCGGGUGGGGGUUGAAGUUGUGGACGAGUAGCAUUUUCUAUGAUGAUGUUAUGUAUGGAAAUGGUGUUUGUUUUGGUAUCAUGGUAUGAGACUGCAAUAUAAUGUUGUAUUUUCUCAGCAAAA